AUGCUUGAGGGUGAGAAGAAGGGCCUCGAACUGGAGAAGGAGGCGCUUAGGAAAGAAAUGGACGCGAUUCGGGCCGCGGCGGAAGAGGCGAAGGCAAAGCACGAGCGGGAGGCGGUUCUUUUGCGCAAGGAACUCGCGCGCACGCUCGAAGCUGGAGCGAACCUCGAGCGCGCGAUGAAGCGCCUCCACGAAGAGCUGCAGGAGGUUGGCGAGUGCGCCGUGUACAGGAAGAAUGGGACGGCGACACCGUGA